UCUGCUGUUGUGCGAGAAGGAGUAAUGGAUCCAGCAUCACGCUCCCUCUCCAUUAUUUUCUUCUUAGUCGCAGUGACAUUUGUGGUUGAGGUGUCUGGGCAGAAGAAUGAAGCAGUAUACCAUUUGUUUGGUGGUGAAGGCUCGCUCACCAAAAAUGAGUGCCCAGGGAAAUGCAGCUACCGUUGCUCGGCCACAUCUCACACGACGGUGUGCAUGACAUACUGCAACUACUGCUGCGAGAGGUGCCUGUGUGUUCCAUCCGGUACAUACGGGAACAAGGAAGAAUGCCCUUGCUACAACAACAUGAAAACCCAGGAAGGCAAACCAAAGUGCCCCUGAAAUCAACUAUGAACAAUCGAUCCAUCCAUGAAAGCUUGGAAUGUACCAUCUGAAAUACAAUGCUUCCUGAAGCUUAGAUUCAUAUAUACUACUUGUGUUGUCAUUUGUAUUGUUGGAGAAGAGUAGUUCAACUUAAUAAAAGUUAUCCAUAUUUUGGCAUU